AUGGACAUUAGUUGUCAGCUAAAAGACCAAAAUAUAUCAACACUGAUUCAGGGAAUGAAAGAUAAUUCCAAUGUAAUUAAAUUGACACAAUUAUUCAUUUCAAUAUCAGUGUUUUCCUUCAUCUUUUCACCUUCUUCCUUAUUUGUUUUCCUCCAUUUCUUCAAAUUCUAUUUCUCAACUUUACCUUUUCAACUCUAUACUCACAACAUAGACAAGAAUAUCAUGUUCCUCCUUUGUAAUGGUCUUCUUGUUUUUGUUGGUUUAACCAGAUCUUUCUCAAGUUCUUCUUGUGAUACUGAUGAUAAUAAACCUUCAUAUAACACAGAAGUUUUAUCAUCAUUACAGUAUAUUGAAGAAGAAGAUUGUUCACAAUCUCACAUCCUUGAUGUUGAGGUCAACGAGCCAAAGUUGGAGAGAGAAGCUGAGAAGAGAACUAGUGAACCAGAUGAGCAAAGUGCUGAAGAAGAGGAAGAAAAAGUAGAAGAGAUGAAGGAGGUAGAAAAAGAAGAAGGAGAAGUUGAACUAUUUGAUGUAGAAGACGAAGAGGAAGAUAAAGGGUCAGAAUUUGAUUACGUUCUAAAUGAAGAACACAAUAUAGAAGAAGAGGAAGAAGAAAAUUAUGUAGAAGAAGGAGAAGAAGAAAGUUGUAUGUUAAGUACAGAAGAGUUAAACAAAAAGUUCGAAGAUUUCAUCAGAAAAAUGAAGGAAGAUCUAAGAAUUGAUGCUAGACGGCAUUUAGUAAUGGUCUGA